AUGACACCAAAUGUCUCGGACCGACCGAAGUAUGCGUACAUGCAUUCGACUUCCCCAGGCACCAGGUCACCACUUCCUCGCCGUCUUCAUUCCCCUGCUUCGCAAAUCUUCGAGAGAAGCGUGCAGGAAGAUAUACUACCCUUACAAGCUUCGCCGUCGAUCCCCGCUCACAUUCGCACGGAGAACUAUAUCCCACCGGUACUCGAAGCGUCCUCAGCUGCGAUCACAGAUGAACAACUAGAUCCGGACUCGGUGGAGAUUGUUACGCAUAGCGUUCAUCACAAUGCAGGAGUAACUCCUGGGUCUACAGCAGAUCAUUCAUUAGCAUCCUCAGGCAUUGCUGAUCACCUAGCCGCCCAUCUCAGCGAUGCGGAUGAAGUCUCAUCAGCCUAUGGUGCCCUGGACACAACUGAUGUACGGCGAUUAAGCUUUAUUUCAUUCGCUGAUGUCGUGAAUGCCGAGCAUGCAGAGACAGGUGAAUCUAUGUUUGGUCGAGACCCAUCUCAAGGUCCCGCUAUUACUGGAGGCUCAUAUGCAGCUGGGUCGCACAAUCGUUCUCCAUCUCCACUACGCUCUCCUGCAUCCUCUCAUGCUCUUGGCACAUCUCCCCCAACGAGUAUCUCGACCUCAUUCAAAGGACUUGACAUGUCGCCAAACCAUGGUCCUCGUGUUCCAGGUAGUCCCUUCGCUAUGGCACAUAGUCCAGUUUCAUCCAAUUUUGGAGGUGACUUCAAUAUUGAAACGAUGACACAGGCUCUACGAAGGACAGGCAGUGGGGAUCUAGGAGCAAGCCAGACAGCUAGUAACUUUGGGAUCGAUGAACCACUGGAUCGGCUGAUCUAA